UAAUCUAGACAGCACAAGCAGGUUCGGUUACAUUUGGGAAAAUGCAUCCUGCAUCUAGUCCCGACAUCCUUCUUCAGACAGCACCAACCUGUGUUUAACCCACCUGCGCCUUCAAAUAAUUCACUUUUCUGCUGUUUUACUUAACCCAGCCAUGAUUGGGAAGCGCUGAUGUGCCUCAGCACACUGCCCUCGGUCGGUUGGAGAUCCUCACUGCACGCGGGGAGAGUAGUAUAGCAGCGCUCUCUGGCUCCUCUCCUCUCAUUCUUUGGAAGAUGGCGGACUGCGCUUCACUGUUAGAUGAGGAGCUCUCUUCAUUUGUCUUCAAUUACUUGACUGAAAACUCCGGCAGCCCGUAUGGGGAAGAGGAGGUCUCCUCAGACCGCCUGGAUGCUGACUUCCCUGACUUUGACCUCUCGCAGCUGGACGCCAGUGAUUUUGACUCAGUGAACUGCCUCAGUGAGCUGCAUUGGUGCAACGAGCACUCAGAUCACUCCCCUGCCUCCAUACAGUACAGCGGCGGAGACCCAGAGCUAUUCGAGGAAGAAAAUGCGGCACUGCUCGCUGCCCUCACAGACAGCCUGGACGGCAUUGUUGAGGACGGAGUCGGGGGUCUGUCUGUGUUCCCUUCACUGGGGGACGACCCCGAGGAGGGCGAGGAGGAGGAAGAUGACCUCCCUUUGGACAGUGAGCCCCUCCCUGGCUCAUUGAGCCCAGAGACAGAAGACCCAUCUCUACUUAAAAAGCUCCUGUUGUCGCCCUAUUGUGUGUGUGGGGGUCUAGUAUCGCACAAAGACGUGCAUCGCCAUAGCAGCAGGAGCCAACACGUCAAACCCGUGAGGCCUGUGCUAAAGAAGGACAAAUCGAGCACACAGGAGCGCAAGCCACGGCCGGCGAGGCCCUCCGGUCGUCUUUACACUGAACUCCACCGCCACCUCACCACCGCACACGAGACCGAGGAAGAGGAGGAAGAUGAAGAGGACAGUGACUCGGAGGAGGAAGAGGAGGAGUCGUCCAGCAGCGAAGGCGAGAGCAUGAUGUGCGUCGAGCCGGCGAAGCCCCAGUUCUCCUCAGAGAAAGAACUGCAUUCUGUAGUGGAGCUCAUCAAAUACAUGCACACGUACUGCCUGCCCAUACGCAAACAGGCCAGCUGGGAUCGCAAAGAGCGUAAGGCCAAGCCCGAGAGCCCGCAGGUCCCCCGCAGCCUUCCUGUGAACCCUCAGAAACCGGCUCCCCAGACCAAGCCGAGGGCUCCCUUCACUCGCCGCAGGGAAAUCAAAGCCCACUCCCUGCUGAAGGAGCUGCUGGAGGCCGUCAGCUCCUUUGACGUAAGCAAGCCUUACAGAAUGCACAGCCCCCCUUAUAUCCACUGCAGAGGGGCCAUGGCUCGGCUCGACACUGACCUUUCUUCCUCCCCCAAAGCUGAACCGAAAGACAUGGAGAAGGCCGCAAAGCGCCCCAAGAGCCCCGAGCCAGAGGAAGGCUCCUUUUCGGUCAGGCGUUCUCGCCGGCUGGCCUCCUUCCCCAGCCGAUUCGCUAAGAGAGUGCGUGUGAACUGCGGCCGGUCAGAGAGUAGUGUUGGGCAAUCGAGCGAAGAAGAGAACGCGGUCAAGCGUCCUCCCGCUGAGCCUCCUUCCGAUAGCAGCCAGAAGAGCAGCUCCAACAAGACGUCUGAGGCCCGUAACCCCUGCUGCAGUGAUGAGAAACGCUCCUGCCUCUGUCUGCCGCUGGCAUCCAAAUCCAACGGAGAUGCACAGUAUGCCAACAAGCCCUUUGAGCAGACUCUCUCUGUGGAACUGUGUGGCACAGCAGGCCUGACUCCCCCCACCACACCCCCCCAUAAACCAGUGGAGGACGAGCUCUUCAAACCCGACGGAAAAGCUGAGCUCACCACCAAGAGCUCGUGCCUGACUCGGGCGCACAUACGCAAGCUCCCAGAGCAGACCGAGCUGUAUGCCCAGCUGCGCCGGAUGGGCCAAACGGGCGACACAGACUCUAAGAGUGGGACGCACCGGGCGUACGGGGACCACGAUUACUGCCUGUUGGGUCAGGGAGAGAAUUGCAAGACGACGACGAUGACGUGCCGUGUGGAGGUGCAUGAGGAGGAGGAGAUGGCUGUGAAGGACGGAGAGCUGGAGGGACAGGAGGAGAGGCUCCUAAACAAUUGCCAGCAAAGUACUGAGGCUGAUUCGCCCGGGGCGUUGUCCUCGCCCGGUCCAGAGCAGACCAGUCAGCCCUCACCUGUCCGGUCUCCCACCCCAGAGCUGGACGCCCAGUCCCCAGUUUCCUGUUCGCCCCCCUCCCCCGGCUGCAAACUCCCCUUCAGCGAUGAGAGCUCAGAGUCAUGCCACGGAGCAGCUGAAAAAGAGAAUGAUGUGAAAAAGUGCCAAGUGAUCUACAUUCACAACCUUCCGAGCAACGUCACUCAGUCCAUGCUGCGUAAGCGCAUCGAGGCCUUCGGGGGUCCGGAGGACUGUAAAGUGGUCAUCAAAAACGAGGAGCGUUGCGGGGUGAUCACGCUGAGACCGGCUCAGAACGGCCAGACCUCACGGCACAGGUGGGACUCACUCGGUCUGAACGGAGGGAGCGGUGGCCGGCGGUUCGGCAAGAAGCGUUACAUAGAUUUGGAUGAGGCGGGUCCCGGUCCGGUGAAGAGCAAGUAUGAUGCACUGGACUUUGAUGCUCUGCUGAAAGAGGCCCAGAGGAGCCUGCAUCGCUGACACGCGCCUUACCACGCCUCCAGCGUCACGCCCCGUCCGAGACUCGCCUCAGCACCUCAAACAAGGCACUUCUUCAUGUUUACAUUUUGAACAUUGGAAUAAAAAAUAGACCUUGUCGCUUCUGAGGAUCGGAGGACAAUGGGGCGGGAGGAUUACAAAGGAACAGAAUCAGCUCUGAGACACCGGACACAAGUGCUGCUUCUUGUGUGUGUUUGAUGCCAUUCAUGACGUUGCGAGCGGCUCGGGCUUCGUAGCAAACCGCACUCUUUUCCAUCAGUUGUUGUGACGUGCGUGUGCUGUUUUUUUUUAUUUGUACCCCUUUGUCACUCUUCAUAGACCUGCAAGGUGCUUUCACCAUUUUGUCGUACAAAUAUAUAAACAAGCUUUGUAUUAGCAAAAUUUUGUGGAUGUUCAACUCUCUGUGUGUGUGUGUGUGCGUGUGUUACAAUGGAUUAAAAGUGGAUUUAAAAAAACGACAAACAAAAAAAUCCUACAAGGUAGAGUUUACAAAUCAAUAAGUAGUCUUUUUGUAAUUUUAGUGCUUCCUUGAUUUCAUCUAUGCACUCAAACGAGGUAGUGCUUCUUUGGUCUGGCCUCUGCCCUCCUCUGGUGUGGAAGGGGCUUUUGCUGCUGGCUGUCAGACACAACCGAGUCCAAACUCGACUGUACUUCCUUAAAGCUGAAGUGUGUCAUUUUUUUGAUGUUAAAAUACUCCUAUCCAAGCUAAAAACUGUUCAAGUAAACACAAAUGUAUCAAAACAUUGAUCUGUUUGUUUAAGCAGCCAGACACAGCCAACGGUUUGAGUUUAUGGGCGGGGCUUUGUCUUUGGCUGACCAAUUGACCCUUUGCAGGCAGUUUGAUUGACAGCCAAUCUGACCAAUCAUAAUGUAAUUUUUGUCCGAAACAAACCAGAGUAAAUUAACAUUGGUGGACUUGAACUUGAAAAAUGGUGUGUAUUGACAUCUUAUCGCAGUUGAAGCAAGAUGCCUUCUGAUGUUCAUUCAUGUUUAUUUCAUGCUAUAACUAGUAAAGAAGAAGAGAUGAUCGCUUCACGUGCCGCUUGAACUGAGGCGCUACAGCGAUCUGUCACGACACAUUAAAGCGCAACAAAAUGCGUAUUUAUUGUUUGAAUUUCUUAAAAAUGACCUAAUUUGAAAGCUAAGUAACUUGCUCUGUCUCUGCCGUGAUGUAUUUUGCACUGCAUGAGAACGAUGAGCGGCAUGGCUUGUCAGACAUAGCAACUGUAAUGUCGAACAAAGGGUCAACUGGAAACCUGUUUGAAAACAGACAUUAUGAUUGGCACAGAAAUACACACUUCAUCUUUACCUCACCAGUUUCUGUUACUUGUCAGAACGCGACCCGAUCCGGAUUAGAAACGCAAUCUGAGGGAAACGUAUUUCAAGAAUGUAUCCAUCACAAAUGUGAUUGUAACGCCCAUCCAAUCAGUCUUGAUUUGACAGUACAGUGGAGCGGUUGGACUCUCCCAGUAGCAGAGCCCUGCCAGACAUCCAUGCGGUUGACGCAUUGGAGCGCUGCUGAGAGAAGGGUGGCGGUAAACUAAGAGGAAGAUCUUUCCAGAGCUCAAUCUCAUUAGAGAUACGGUCGUAUCUCUGCUUUGUUUACAUGUCACUCUCUCAUACUCUUUCUCUCUAUAAGCUCAAACACUCUUUUUUUACUCUCUCCUUUCCGACAGGGGACGAUCUGCGGGUUUUUUCUAGCUCUUACCUUGUGGCUACUUCUCUCUUUGUCCUUCGUGUGUGUUUUUUGAAGUCUAAACGUGUUCCAGUGUAUAACUGCGUGUCGUCCGUGUCUUUUACGGGGUCUAGGGAUGGGUCCGUCCCUUAUUAUAUGCCGGGACCCAUUGCUUUUGUUCUGCAGGGGUCUCCUCCAACCUUCGGCCUGUGGAUCUAGUGCAGUUGUGAGCGAGUGUGUGUGCAUGUAUGGGAGCGCCGGCGGCCUCUCUUUACCCCCCUUUAUCCAGAAACACACCCCAAACCUGAAUGUUUACAUGACUGAAUUCUCCUUCGACUUUUACUAGAGCGCACACUAAGUACAGAACGCCUUAUUCAGCGUUUAAGUACCCUAUCAGGACGUGCCUUUCGGCUUUCCCUUUUACGGUACUGAGCUGUUACGUGGACCCGGCCUCUGAAUAUUACAGCCGCUUUUGACCAAUUCGCCCUAUAAGAUCUUAAACUGAAUGAGUGUUUGUGCUUAGUAUGUAUACUACUAAAUAAGCGAGAGAUGUGCUGGUUUACAUGAUUAUAUAUAUAUAUGGAGAAGUAUAUAAUGUGUAUAUAGCACUGUGUCUUGUGUAAACAUGAGAUGUAUGGUUAUGUGCUGUACGGCGAUGUGGUAACGCGUGGCUCUGAUUGGUUGUUGGUGAACACAACGAAGCAGCGUUAAGCAAUACAGGGAGAUCCAGAAGGGAAUUUUCAUUGAUAUGGCUUCAUAAGUCAAACACUGUUGUAUAAAAUGUCCCUUUAGAAAUGGUUCUUUUUAAUAACUUUAAUAUGUUUUUCUUUUUUAUGCAAUUGAGAUGCAAUACGGCUAAGAAAGCCUUCCUCAUAACGGAAGGGUUUAUUGAAGAGAUUGGUUGCUUUAAGGAGAAUCAGCUCCUGUACUGUACAUUGCAGACGGCUCAGAUGGUAGAAAAGAAGGUCGACGUUUAGAAUCGCUGACCGAGAGGGACUUUUUUUAUUUGGAAAAUACACAGACAGCCCAAUCUCACAGGGAGAGCCUUAAACCUUAGGGGAAAACAAAGCUAUCAGUCCUGUCUGUUCUCCUUUACAAUCCAAUGUGUUUUCUUUACUGAAGUAAGUAAACUUUUUCAAUACAGCCAUAUUAUGAAAGGUAUAUACAUAGAUAUGAUUAUAUAUAUAUACAUAUAUAUAUUUGUGUGUUUGUGUAGAUAAAUAUAUAGAUGAUAUAAUUUGUUAUAGACCAUUUUAUUCAGUGUUUCAGAACACCUCAAUACAUUUCAAAACUAAUCUAGAAUGUAUAGAUCCAAAUUAAAAAUAAUAAUAAAAAAUGGUAAAAAAAUAAAUUAAAAAAAAUUUAAAAAAAAGAAAGAAGAAAAAAAAAAUCCAAAGGGAACCUUCUUCAAUGCAAUGCAUUUUUCCAGCCCUCAUUUUAGCAAUGCUAGACAAGUUGACCAAAAAGUACAUUUGAUGUUUGGAUACAGGAGAAGUGAGGUAUCACAUCAAAUCCAUUUCAAGAAUGUCAUGAUCGUUUGGCUUGGCCCUGUCUGUCUGUGUCUGUGUGUGUGUGUGUGUGUGUGUGUGUGUGUGUGUGUGUGUGUGUGUGUGUGUGUGUGUGUGUGUGUGUGUGUGUGUGUGUGUGUGUGUGUGUGUGUGUGUGGAAGCGUGCGCAUGUGAUUUCUUCCUCUUUUUUUUCUGUUCAUACAAAAUGUCAGUUUUAAUUCACUACAUCUAUGGCCCUGCAAUUUGUUGUUCACAAAGUACAUGCUCUUGUAAGAUAGAAGAGAAUUUUCCUCUUGAAGAAGCAGUGAAUAUAUUUGAGGAGCGUUUAUAUUGUGUGCUAAACCUUGUAUCAUUUUUAUCAAGAAGUGGAUCUAGCGUUUGUGUCAUUACGUUUAAUGGAUCACACAUCCAUGUCACAUUGUUUUGCUGCUUCAAGACCUUGUCUUUUGUGGAAACAAAAUCUGAGUCAAAGGGCAUACGUUUUUUUCUUCAGUCUUUUUUUUUUGACUAUUUACAUCUAAUGACUAUCAAAUUUGUUAUGAUUUUCCUUUUUUAAUGUAGUUUUUGGUAAAUACUGCUAGUAAGAUUUUAUAUUUUUACAUAUGUUUUGAGUUUUUUUUUUAUUAUUAUUUAUAUGCCACUUAGCUUGGAAGUCUUGAAAUGGUGUUGGUUUUAUUUUCAAUUUUUAUUUCUCUGUAUUGUGUGAUUUUCAUACAUCUUGAGAAUGUGGAGACAAAUGCAUUUCAGUAUUUUUAAAUUGUUAAAAUCUAGUUUCCUAGCUCAAAUCUAUAUAGUGGAAAUUAUUCGAUGUCAUAAAUUAUAUUUUAAUUCAUGUAAAAAGCAGAUGAUGGCUUCCUUUUAAACUGAACACAUUUCUCUUCCGAGAUUGUUUACAUUAUUAAACUGUAGAAACUGAUCCUCAUAUACUGUAAAAAAAAAGUACAUAUUCAUUGUUUUGCCUCCAAAAAAUAAAAUCCAUUAUUGACCAACA